AUGGAUGCCGAGUCGGUCAAAGAGUCGGGCAAAGUACAUGCAUGCCCAAAAUGCGACAAGACGUUCUCCAGAGCGGUCAACCGGGACCGGCACCUGGCCACGCACAACAAACUGCCGUCGCUAGUUUGCUCGAUCUGCGAAAGACGCUUCCAUCGUCCCGAUGUGCUUGCGAAGCACGUGCAAAGGCAUCGACUGCCCGAGACAGUCGAAGAUGGCGCGCAUUCUGCAUCUGGCGACGUCUUCCACGGUGCCUCAUCGUCUCAGCUCGGCAGCUUAACGAUCGUACAAUCAAGGUCCGGAUCUGCGGCCACGCAUACCAACGAAGCGUCCGCCAGUUUGCUGUCGUCUCGAUCUCUCGCUGCCAGCCGCCGAGUGGCUCGAGCAUGCUCUCGGUGCAGCAAGGCAAAAGCGCGCUGCGAUGGUACUCUGCCAGCCUGCAGCAGAUGCAUUCGUCUUGACAAAGCUUCCAUGUGCGAUUACGACGCUUCCGCACAUGACCCAGCGCGGUCAAGCCCACGCGCAUCUGCGUCCGGGGCUACAAUACGGCAGCCUGACUGGUUUCAGGUCAAGCUUGUCGAACCCGAAACGCACGCAGAUUCCGUCGCACGGGACCAUCUAGAGCAGUCUCUGCACCUGUCCAGCACACCAACCUCGAUUCAUCUGUUUGGAUCUCCUCGACCCAAAGAUGCACCGCCAGCACCCGAUGGAGUCUCGAUGCCCAGAGCCGACACUGUCUUCGAUGCGACGCCACAGUACAGGCUGAGCGAGCAAGUCGAUCUCGAGAGUUGGAGGCAGUCUCAGGUGCAAUUCUCCAACGCAAAUGCCUGGACUGAUGCCGUCUCGCCUCUACCGAUGGACUGGCUCCUCCAACAGGAGAUUCCGGAUGACGGCUGGACAGCCUACCUCGGUGAUCCAGGCGUACCCCUUCUGACCGACUUUUUCAAUCAUGCCGAUCCGACAGCGACUGGAAUGCGAGGCGAGCCUCAUCUCGAUGCGGCGUCGAUCGUUCAUCACCAUCAACAAGGUCUACAUCAUGCUGCGGCAGGGGCGAGCUCGUCACGUCGACCGUCGCAUUAUCACAAUCAGAGCAGAAGAGAUACGAAUUCUUCGCACACGUCUCCGAAUGGACACACGGCACGAGCAUUCCCGCGUGCUGCCGCCUCACGUCUGGCUUCAAACGCCGCAUCGCCUGCAACGACGGAUGCUGCCGAUGCCGCUGCCACGCUGGCGCGUAUCCGAAGCGAGGCAGUUACUAACGGCUUUAUGAGGUCUGGUACGCCAUCCGACGAAGGCAGCAGAACCGGUUCGGAGCCCGAGGCAGUCAGACCAAGCCUUCACCAGAAUCGACCUCCGGCGAAGCGAGCAAGGUUGUCGGAAGCUACCCACGGACGAUCGGUAGCUGCACGGCCGACGAGAGCUUCCUCGCCCGACUCGUCGUCAGAGUCAUCCGACCUUGAUCCCAUGGAGCGCGCAAAUAGAGAUGUGGCCGCCCAGUCACGGCAUCAGCGAGUGAGCUACAGGCACCCUGAUCCAUCGGCUCGCGUCAUGUCGCAACUCGCCGUAUCAGCGCAAUCGCCAGAGGACAUUGCGAGGCAGGAGAUCGCAGCCGAAGAGAUGGCACAGCUUGCGCAACACGGUAGCGCCGCUUCUCCCCGCGCACCCUCGGACCUUUCGAGCAAACGUCGCAAGCGUCGACAGAAGCAGUGGCCCAGCGUCUAUCGUCCCAAAGCUACCGACGGUGGCAGACAUCUGAGUCUGCACAAGGUGCCUCUGGCAUCCGAGGAAGUCACGGCGCUGGAAAACAGCUUUCAGGUGGCGCCGAUGACUGAUCUGGCCAAGGAACGCAUGAUCGACGAGUUUCGAUAUUGUGAGGUCGAAGCGGAAGAUCUGCAACGUAUUCAAGACACGCUACGAUCCAUCAAGACGUCUACGUUGAACCUCUUCGUGCAACUUUACUUUGAGCACUAUGAUCCCAUCCUGCCAAUCCUGCAUCGAGCAACUUUCGACCCAGACACCUGCGAUCCACUUUUGCUGGCUGCCAUCACCUGUUUAGGCGCCCUCUGUUCAAAGGCGGAGAAUGCAUUCUCCUACUGCCUCUUGACCAGCUCUCUGGUGCACGCUGUGUCUUACAAGCUGUUUGGCAUCAAUCAUCUACGCCACCGUUACCUCCCCUCCAUGCAAACCUUGUUCCUCACGUACGCACUCUGGCGCAAUCUGGGCGAUCCCGCCAAACUCGAGUACCUCGAGGGUUUCCGCAACACCGUCCUUACCAUGGCUCGCCGAUGCCGGCUAUUUGAGCUCGAAGCUUUCGAGGUAGACCGCAAUUGUCUCACAAUCAGUGCAUCUUCGUCGCCGGCUCACAGCAACCCAAGCAUGGACAAGCGCGAGCAAGAAUGGCUCAAGUGGGUCCGCAACCAAGAGAUGGUACGUUUCAAUUGGGCUUUGCUCAUUCUCGACAGCGAUCUGAGCCUUGCCUGGGAUCUUCCUUGCACUGUCACAAUAAGCGAGCUUCGCUCGCCCUUGCCGUGCACAGAAUCUUUAUGGCUAGCCGAAUCACCCGAGGACUGGGCCCUCCUAGCUCGUGUCCAGCUCACGUCUGUAGAAAAAUGGACACUUCGGCAUCUCUUGUCAAUGCGAGGCUCGGCGGGCCAGCCCAGCACAGCCGAGGCCAUUGUGCCGCGUCUUCAUACCUCGCCUCUCACCAGGCUCGUACUCAGCGCGGCAGUGUUCAAUGUCGCUGUCAGUCGAUGGAAUGUCGACGCAGCUCUCACUCAGCUCGCUGAGCUGCACGACGAUGACGAAGGCGAUGAUGCGCAGAACGUCGCGAUGGUGCCGCGAAAAGACACAGAGCUGGAAGCCUGGACCGACGCAAUGGCUUUACGAUCCCAGGAGCUGACCCUGAACCGCAUCGACACACAAAGCAAGGACGAUGCUCAGCUCAUGCUCUACGGUGCGAGACUGCGCAUGCUGGUCAGCUUCAAAGCCGUGCAGAUCAUGUCUGGUCGCAAAGGCCAGCGACGCUCGAAACUGCAAAUGAAGAAGUGGAUGCAAGGACCGUUGCGGCAAGAGCAAUAUCGCGACGACGUCUUCAGAGCGGCAAGUAAGAUCUUCGCGUUGAGUCUUGCGGCACGCAGAGACAUUGCCCCGAUCAAUCUAGAACCUGCCAAUCGCCCCAUCUCGGGUUUCGACCCUCGCGCAAGGGGCAGCAGCCGUGGAAAUGCACAUCCGUCCAGUCAAAGUCGGUUCAAUACCGAUCCUGGAUUGUCCAACAUGGCUCAUGCCACCGUUUCGGGCACAGGCGCUGAAAACUCCAUCCUCUUUUAUGCGACGGUAUGUCUGACGCUUCUCUGCCAGUAUCUCGUGCUCGAGCAGUCUGCAUCGCAGCUCAGCGAGUUGAACAAGCAGAACCAGAGUGCAGGUGACGCCGCGGCAGUCCGUAUAGAUCGACCCACGCCCGAGCGCGCAGUGAGCGCGUCCAGGAAGGCACGCAAGAAGGAGGUUUACUUUGUGCAAGGCGUCGGCGCAUUAACGAACUCGGUGUCGCUCGACCGUCUCAUCCACGUGGCAAUUCAUCAGGGCCUGAACCGCAGCGCGUGGCCUUUAGGUCAUGUUCUCGGCAAAGUUUUGCAGCAAUGGGCCCGCACGCUCGUUCGAUGA